CUGUGGUAUUCAAUUCGUAUCGAAUAUCACUCCAAACAUAGGCUCUCAAAUGUUUCGUGCAGAUGGCGUCUCAUUUCAAAAUGAGUACGUUAUCAACGACGAACAGCUGCACGCUGUUCCUGCACCCUAUGAGUUGACAAUUGAUAAUAGUUUCCUUUUGUUUCGAAAAGAUUUUGAAGCAAAAUAUCGGUCGCUUCAUAAAGGUGAAAAAAUUUUUUCACCAAAUAUUUCAUCUUUAGCUUCUCAAAGUUGGAGUGAACAACCACCUUCAGUGAGAAUGUUUUUUAAACAAUUAGAAAACAAGGCCCUUAAGAAACAUAAGGAUAUGUUCCCAAAUUACCAAUAUAAACCUCAGGAUGCUAACUUCUUAAAUUCUUGGACUUUGCCACUACAAAGCGUUGAAAAUUCCGGACCAUCUCCGGAAACAAGCACUACAAACGUAUUGUAUCUUAACUCACAAGAUGACUCACAAGAUGUAGUGCACGAUAUAAACACAUUCUUUGCUAACUCACAAGAUGUAGUGCACGAUAUAAACACAUUCUUUACUAACUCACAAGAUUUAGUGCACUAUAUAAACCCAUACUUUACACCAACUGGUUUGGAUUAUUACAAUUUCCAACAUUCUGUUUCCCUACCAUACG